GCAGGAGGCGGUGGCGGGGCCGGUCCCGCCAUGGACCGGAGGAAGAAGCCGCUGGAUGUGGCCGCGUCCUCGCUGGUAGAUCUCAAAGCCGAACUCUUCCGAAAGCAAGAGGAAUUCAAGAAAGAAAAGCUAUUGAAAGAUGCUGGUGUCUUUGCAAAACCCAGAACAUCUCAUAAGAAACCAAGUAUCUGGACCAAACAGAACACGGGAGUUGUAAAUCGAGCUGCAAAAGAUGUUGAGGAGAAGGCAGAAGAGCAGGAUAUAUUGGAUAAAUCAAGGAAGAAGCUUGAAGAGAAAGCAAAGCUGUAUGAGAAAAUGACAAAAGGAGACUUCCCAGAUGAAGAAACUGAGGAUUUGUACCUGGUGGAUUUCACUCAGAAGAUCAUAGACAAACAGCACGAAGUACAGGAGCUGCAUCAGAGUGAAGCUGCUGGGAAGACUUCAGAAAGAGAUACAGAUGAGGAGGACAUUCAGCCUGAAGCAGACAUUCCACCACCAGAGGACCCGGAUGAGGAAUGGGUUGAUUAUGUUGAUUUCUUGGGCCGAUCUAGACGCUGUAUGAAGAAGGAUUUACCAAGUCUACUCAAAAUGGAUCAGGAACUUCAAGGGAAAAGACAAGAACCUGAUGGGAAUACUCUGUUAUCUGAAGACAUGAGAAGAGAACUUCAGAGGCAGCAGUGGGAAAAGGAAGAAGAAGAAGCUCUCAGAAAACCGAUGGGGCCCAUACAUUACGAGGACAUUCGAGAAAAUGAGGCCAGGCAGCUCGGUGUUGGUUACUUUGCCUUUUCUCGGGACCAAGAACUCAGGCAUAAACAACGGGCAACCCUGGACAUGCUGAGGGAGCAGACACUUGAUCAGAGAAAUAAACGUGAACAGCUGAAGGAGAAGAGGAAGGCAGCUCUAGAUGCAAGGCUGUCCAAACUUCGAGCACGGAAGAUUCAAAAGUUAAGGGAAGCUGGAUUAGAGGAAGAGGCAGAAAAACUGGAGAAUGGAGAGGUGAAAGGUGCUGCUGAAGAACCAGAACCUCCAAGAGUCACUGCAGCAAGUAGGAAGGUAGAGGUUGUCAUCCAGGAGAGGAGAGAUACAAAGCCUGGAGUGCCUUAUGUCCGAGAGUGGGAUAAAGGCAAAGAACUGAUGUUUGGACAAUGGGAAAAGAAACAGGAAGAACUUAGAGAUGAGCGAGACCCAGAAUUUGCACCACCUUCUGAUUACUUUUUGGGACAAAAGAAAGAUGAUUAUUACCGAAGUCGGAAUUUGAACAGUUCUGAAACCUCCUCUGAAAACCUGGAAACGGAGAGAGCACAAAACCAACAGGGGCCACCAGUGCAGGGCAGCGGCAGCAGCAGCAGCGCUGGAGAUGUGCCACCGUCAGCACAGGUUUCCAACAACAACAUUGCAGAUAAGCCAGGGUCAGCAGAGCCCAGUGGCCGUGACACUCAGGGCGUGUCAUCAGGAGAGGAUGACAGCAGCGAGGACGAGGACAUGCUACCACCAGCACAGGCUUAUGGCUACGGUGCCCGAGGUGUGCCACCACCACUGCGGGGUUACGGCUACAGCGCCCGGGGUGUGCCACCGCCCAUGCCAGCCUAUGGCUAUGGCACCCCUCAGGUGCCCUUCCCAGUGCAGGCUUACGGCUAUGGAGCACCAGGAAUGGUGCCACCAAUGCACAGCUACGGCUAUGGCACUCCUGAGAUGCCCUUUGCCAUGCAGUCUUAUGGCUAUGGCACCCAAGAUGUGCCACCAGGAAUGCAGACCUGUGCAUGCAGCACCCAGAGUGUUCCACCAGGAAUGCAGACCUGUGGAUGCAACACCCAGGAUGUGCCACCAGGAAUGCAGACUUGCAGCUGCAGUGCCCAGGAUGCGCCACCAGGAGCACAAACUUGCAGCUGCAGUGCCCAGGAUGUGCCACCAGGAGCACAAUUUUGUGACCUCAGCAGCCAAGAUGUGCCACCAGGAAUACACACUUGUGGAUGCAGCAGCCAAGAUGUUCCACCAGGAACACACACCUGUGGCUGCGGCACCCAAGAGAUGCCACCAGGAACAGACACCUGUGGCAGCAGCACCCAGGAUGUGCCACCAGGAACGCAGGCCAGUGGCUGCAGCACUCAGGAUAUGGCACCUCCAGUGCAGACUGACAGCAGUGACACUCCAAAUCAGGAACCACUUUAUCAAAGUUUAGAUGAUAUGCUCUCUUAUUAUAGACAAGUGACUUGAGCUAAGCAAAAAGAUAAGCAAGAACCAUUAUCUAAAGAACUGAAAUAUAAUUAAUUAUGUGCUCGGCAGAGUAUUAUUUUCCCACAUAUGGGAAAAAUAAGUUUCUGUAAGUACAUUGGAAUAAAUCUCCUGGACACCUAAGCUGUUUCACAUCACAGCUA